AUGUUAUCAAAGACUGGGAACAGCACCAAGGACCUGAAGGAACAAGACAGUGCUUUGGACUUUUCAUCUACGCCAAAUGCACAUGGAACACAAGAGACCCCCAUGGAUACGCCUCAACAAUCAGUUAUGGGCCUAAAAACAACUAGCAAGGCCAAGGAAGCCAAGAACAUCACAAGGAACAGCAACCAAGCCCCAACAGGACAGACAGACUACAAGAACAGAGCCACAGAGCUACCUAGCAAACAGAUGACCUUGGUGAACCGCCUGAGUUCAGACCGGGAUCACUUAGACCGGAAGAAGGGUGGGAAUGGCAUCUCUCUACAUGGGCCAAGCCACCAAGGGCCAAGGGUUGCGGAGCAGCCUUUUGGCCGGAGGGAAGUCUUAUCACGGAGUGGUUUGAGUUCUCAAAGGCACCCAGCAAUCAAGGUUUCAUCAUCCUUGCAUUGUUUCUAUCCUAGUUCGCUCAUAGUUCACGUUUCACGGUGUUUGUUUCCCCCUCAUCAGAAAAACAAGAAACUCUUUCUUGGUUGUUUGUGUGAGUCAGUAACAUUUAAUAAAUUUCUGAAUUUGGGAUUCUUGCAUUUUCGAUUUUCGCAUACAUUUCAUAAUCAUCAUUUUCGUGCAUUGCUGGUUAAAUUAGCUGUCUCUGGUCGAGUGGAUAUGACCAUGGAGGAAAGAUUAGGGAUAUUGGAGGAGAAUAUGAGAUUAGUCAUGCAAACCCUAAAUCAAUUAAGGAUCGACAGUCAACAGGACAGAACACCAAACCCUAAUUUGCGACCUUACGAAGAUAGAACGGUUAAAAUUGAUAUCCCUGAAUUCGAUGGACAUUCCUAUGACCCUGGGAAAUAUCUUGAAUGGGAAGAUCGAAUGGACAAUUACUUUGAAUUCAAGAACACGCCCCCAGACCAACAGUACAAACUAGCUAAGGUUAAGUUGAUUAAAUCGGCUGCCAUCUGGCUCGAAGGAAUGCAGAAACGUAGAGUCAGGGAAGAGAGGGGUAGGAUUAACUCUUGGACCAAGCUCAAGAAACACAUGAAAAGGAAAUAUGUCCCUACCUCUUACAAACAGCAGCAGUACAUCCAACUAAAUGCCAUGAAACAGGGAACAAAAUCUGUGGAUGAGUAUAGAAAUGAGUGGGAAAGGUUGUAUGUGCUUUGUGACCCCCAUGAAACUGAAGAGAUGAGAGUGGGAAGGUUCAUAGCUGGGCUAAGGGAGGAAAUCAGGGAUAGACUUAUGACUACACCUGACCUCACAGUGCACAUAGCCAGUUUGCAGGCUGUUGAGAUUGAGAGACAAAUCAAUAGGGCAGCCCACUCCCAAACCAGAGGCAUAAGGACCUACACCCCUAAGAAUGCGAGCACCAUCCCUGCUCCUAAGAGAGAUAUCCAGAACAGUGGGCUAAGAGCCAACACCACAAGAGUAGACCUACCCACAAACCCCAAGGAUGUGGUAUGUUUUAAAUGCAAUGGGAGAGGACACUAUAAGAGGGAUUGUCCUAAUGCUAGAGCCUUCACCAUGAGGGAAUGGAAUGAAAUUAGGCAGGACACCAAACCAAAGAAAAUUUUAGUGGCUAAGAAUGGGCAGGAAGAGGAGAUGUACCCCCCAAAUUUGAGUGAUGAUGAUGGCACCUAUAUAAGGGAUGAUGAGGGAAACUUACAGAGGUUUGAGGGGAGCACUGAAGAGGAUGAAGAUGAAGAGCUGGAGAGAGUGUUGCCUGAGGAGGAGCACCUGAGUCUGGUCAUUAGAAGGAGCUUUCACACCACACCCUUAGCUAAGAGAUCAGACCAGAGGGAAAAUAUAUUCCAAACCAAGUGCAAAAUACAGGGAAAGGUGUGUGAUCUUAUUAUUGACAGUGGGAGUGAGUCCAACUGUGUGAGUAGGCAAUUAGUGACCGAGCUGAAUCUGGGUACCAAGCCUCACCCUCACCCUUAUAAGAUGAAGUGGCUUGACAACAAAGCAAGUGGGUCAGUAAGCAAGCAGUGCUUAGUGAGCUUAACCUUAGGGACUUAUGUUGCUGAAGUGAUGUGUGAUGUCUUAGACAUGGAUGCUUGCCAUUUAUUGCUUGGGAGACCUUGGCAAUAUGACAAAAAGACUACCCACAAUGGCUACACCAACACUUACACCCUCAAACAUGAUGGGAAAAAGAAGGAGUUGAUUCCUUUACCUCCACAUAAGGCUGUUCCCCCUAAACCAUCUAAAGCACCCAUACACUUGAUGACCAGAAAAGAGUGUGAAAGGGAGAUUGAACAGGAUGAAGAACUAUACCUGUUAAUCACUAAGGAAGUGCAGGACACCACACCUAUACCCCCUGAGCUGAACAGUCUCCUGGGUCAGUAUAGGGAUGUUUUCCCAGAUGAGUUACCCCCUGGUCUACCUCCUGUGAGGGGUGUUGAACACCAAAUAGAUUUGAUUCCAGGAGCUAGCUUGCCUAACAAACCUGCUUAUAGAUCCAACCCCAAAGAAACCAAGGAAUUGCAGAGACAGGUGGAUGAGUUAAUGCAAAGGGGCUAUGUUAGGGAAAGUUUGAGUCCAUGCGCUGUGCCCACCCUGUUGGUACCCAAAAAAGAUGGCACGUGGAGAAUGUGCAUUGACAGUAGAAGCAUGAAUAAUAUAACUAUUAAGUAUAGGUUCCCUAUACCUAGAAUUGAUGAUAUGUUAGAUGAGUUGGGAGGUUCAGAGUGGUUCAGCAAGAUAGAUUUAAGAAGUGGAUACCACCAAAUACGCAUGAAACAGGGAGAUGAAUGGAAAACUGCAUUCAAGACCAAGUAUGGGCUCUAUGAAUGGCUUGUGAUGCCCUUUGGCUUGACUGGAGCUCCUAGCACCUUCAUGAGGUUGAUGAAUGAGGUGCUUAGACCCUUCUUAGGAAAAUUCAUUGUGGUUUACUUAGAUGACAUACUAGUUUACAGCAAGGAGAUCACAGAACACCUCAAUCACCUUCAACAAUUAUUUGAAGUUCUAAGGAAACAGAGACUUUAUGCAAAAUUAGAAAAUUGCAGCUUCCUUCUUUCAGAGGUCAGUUUCUUGGGUUAUAUAGUGGGGAAGGAAGGAGUUAGAGUUGAUCCUGCAAAGGUCAAGGCUAUACAAGAAUGGCCCACACCCACUACCCUUACACAAGUGAGAUCAUUCCAUGGGCUGGCUUCAUUUUAUAGAAGGUUCAUCAAAAAUUUCAGCUCUGUUUUAGCCCCAGUAACAGAGUGCACAAAACAGGGGAAAUUUGAGUGGACACCUGCUGCACAGAGGGCAUUUGAGACCCUUAAGGACAUGAUGUGUAAAGCUCCCAUACUUAAGCUUCCUGAUUUUGCCAAACCCUUUGAGCUAGAGUGUGAUGCUAGUGGGGUAGGAAUUGGAGCAGUUUUGGUACAAGAGGGUAGACCCAUAGCCUUUUUUAGUGAGAAGCUGAAUCAUAGCAGGUUGAAUUAUUCCACUUAUGAUAAGGAGUUCUAUGCAAUUGUUAGGGCUUUUGAACACUGGUCUCAUUACCUAAGAAUUCAACCAUUUGUGUUGCACACAGACCAUGAGUCCUUAAAGCACAUUAAUAGCCAGCACAAACUGAACAGUAGGCAUGCUAGGUGGGUGGAGUUCAUACAGACAUUUGAUUUUUCAGCUAAGUAUAAGGCAGGGAAAACCAACAUUAUAGCUGAUGCCCUCAGUAGAAAGUAUCAAUUGCUUGGGAUAGUAGGAUCUAGGAUUUUAGGCUUUGAAUUCAUCAAAGAUCAAUACUCUGCUUGCUCUGAUUUCUCUGAAAUUUAUCAGUCUUGCAAAGACAGACCUCAAGGAUUAUUUAGCAUUCACCAAGGCUUUUUGUUCAAGGGUAAUAGGUUAUGCAUACCAAAGCUUCCCCUCAGAUCUGUUUUGGUAAAAGAGGUGCAUGAGGGAAGCAUAGCAGGCCAUUUUGGAAUACAGAAAACAUUAGAUAUGCUUGCUAAACACUUCUAUUGGCCCAAGAUGCUUGGCACAGUGGGCAAACAUGUUUUAAAAUGUGAGCCUUGCCUUAAGGCCAAGGUAACUUUUCACAAAGGGGAAUAUAUACCCUUACCUAUUGCACACAAGCCUUGGGAACACAUUAGUAUGGAUUUUGUGAUGGCUUUGCCCAAGACAAGAAGGGGAAAAGAUGCUAUAAUGGUUGUUGUAGAUAGAUUUUCAAAGAUGUCUCAUUUUAUUGCAUGCACUAAAGUGGAUGAUGCACAACAUAUUGCGAAAUUGUUCUUUGCUGAAAUUGUGAGAUUGCAUGGCAUACCCAAAACUAUUGUUUCAGAUAGAGACAGUAAGUUCCUAAGCCAUUUUUGGAGGAGUUUGUGGAAGAUGUUGGGCACUAAACUAUUGUUUAGCACCGCUUACCACCCACAAACGGAUGGCCAAACAGAAGUCACUAAUAGGACUCUAGGUACUCUGCUCAGAAUUUUGGUAAAGGACAACAUUAGGGAAUGGGACUUAAAGCUUUGUCAUGCUGAAUUUGCAUAUAACAGAGCACCCAGUCAGGCUACCAAAUUCUCACCAUUUGAAUGUGUUUAUGGCAUCAACCCUUUACUUCCUGUAUCUCUCAUUAAUUUACCUAUGUGUGACAGCAAAGGAAUAGGAGCUGAAGAGAUGAUCAAGCAAAUGGAAGCAGUCCACAAGCAAGUGCAUGAUAACCUGGAAAGCACAAGUGCAAAGUACAAAAAGAAAGCAGACAAGCACAUGAAAAUCAAACAAGCCAUCAAAGAAGGAGAUCUUGUAUGGGUGUACCUGAGGAAAGAAAGAUUCCCCCAGCUCAGGAGGAACAAAUUGAUGCCCAGAGCCAUAGGCCCCUAUCCAGUAAAGAAGAAGUAUGGGGAGAAUGCAUUUGAAGUUCAGAUCCCAGCAGAGUACAAUAUCUCCCACACAUUCAACAUCGGAGAUUUGACUCUACAUGAACCUGCACAAGAAUUGAGGGCAAUUCUCUCCCAAGAGGGAGGAGUUGAUACAAAUAUGGUAUCAAAGACUGGGAACAGCACCAAGGACCUGAAGGAACAAGACAGUGCUUUGGACUUUUCAUCUACGCCAAAUGCACAUGGAACACAAGAGACCCCCAUGGAUACGCCUCAACAAUCAGUUAUGGGCCUAAAAACAACUAGCAAGGCCAAGGAAGCCAAGAACAUCACAAGGAACAGCAACCAAGCCCCAACAGGACAGACAGACUACAAGAACAGAGCCACAGAGCUACCUAGCAAACAGAUGACCUUGGUGAACCGCCUGAGUUCAGACCGGGAUCACUUAGACCGGAAGGAGGGUGGGAAUGGCAUCUCUCUACAUGGGCCAAGCCACCAAGGGCCAAGGGUUGCGGAGCAGCCUUUUGGCCGGAGGGAAGUCUUAUCACGGAGUGGUUUGAGUUCUCAAAGGCACCCAGCAAUCAAGGUUUCAUCAUCCUUGCAUUGUUUCUAUCCUAGUUCGCUCAUAGUUCACGUUUCACGGUGUUUGUUUCCCCCUCAUCAGAAAAACAAGAUACUCUUUCUUGGUUGUUUGAGUGAGUCAAAUCCCACAAUACUUCCCAAACAAACACACAGACAACUCAAUCAGACCAAGAACGUGGUUCUUGAUUUUCCGAUGGGGCUGAAUGAUGUACUUCGCCUGACUUGUAUGAUGAUCCUACGUUUGAUGCAAGGCAAGAAAAUGAUAACCUUGAUCACAAACUCCCGGUGA